AUGGAACUAAAAUACGACGAUGUUGUCGAACUUGACUCGCGGGUGAAUGCAGUAGGAACAGCACUGCUUCCCAUCUCCGCCGAGCUGAGGGGGCCUCUGCUUCGACUGAGGGCCUCUCUCUCCGACGCCCUGCCAUCCCACCUGGUGCCAGAGCUUUACCUCCCUGUCACCAAGUUUCCACUACAAAUCUCGGGGGAGGUGAACUGGGAUAUGCUCCGCCAGUCUCUGGAGAGCCUUGCAGAGAACGAGGUGUCUAACUUCGCCUUGGCCGACUCGAAGAAAAGCCCUCUCGUUACCGAGACAGAGAAGAGGCUGCAGUCGCUGUGGGCAGCAGUCCUCGGAGUGGAACAGGACCGGGUCGGCACCCAUGACUUUCCCGACUGGCGCGGCGAUUUGUCCCUGGCCAUACCCCCGGUCUCCAUGGCGAAUGACUCCGGCAAUGGUAUAUCUCUCAGCACGUCUGAGGUGUUUCGAAACACGAGGCUAGCAGACACGGCACGUACAGCUGAAGAGCGGAAGAAUGACCCUGUCCAGAGGUCCGAGGACGUUGAUGAGGUCCAGCGUUUCGAGCUAUGGAGGGAGGUCAAGGGCUCGGCAGACGGAGCCCAGACACAAAUUAACCUCGCCGGGGAGCUCAGCCAUGUCGCAGCCCUGUGCCGCGUCCCUGUAGGAGACAUUGAGGACGUCUACCCGUGUACACCCCUCCAAGAAGGCCUCAUGUCCGCCACAGCCCAGCAGCCGCACGCCUAUGUCGGACGUUGGGCUUACCGCGUUCUCGACACCGUCGACCUGGCCCGUUUCAAACAGUCGUGGGGCGAGCUGGUCCGGGUGGCCCCGAUUGCCAGGACGCGGAUUGUUCCUGGGCGAAUCUCGGGCGCUCUACAAGUCGUCGUUCGGCAGCCCUUGACCUGGCUCUCGGGCUCCAACGUUGACCAAUACCUGGAAGAUGAUUCCGGCCAGGGAAUGAGUUAUGGAUCGCCACUCAUGCGACUGGCCAUUGUCGAGUCUCCGCAAAAGGGGUGCAUAUUCGUCUUCACGGCCCACCACAGUGUCUACGAUGGGUGGAGCUUGCUCAAGAUGUUCGAAGCCGUUUCCAGGAUAUACUCUCUGCAGGAAGGGCCCCGGGCGCCGCCGUAUUCGCACUUCAUCCGCUAUAUCGAGGAGCGGCGUCGAGACUCGACCUCUGCCGAGUCUUUCUGGCGGUCUCAGCUGGACGGCGACGCCGGCGUGCCGUUUCCAGCACCGCCAACCCCCCCCUACCAGCCCUCCCCGUCGCAGAGCAUGAGCUGCGGCAUACAUGUCGGGCAUCUGACUGGGUCCAUCACGCUGGCCUCGUUUCUUCGAGCCGCGUGGGCGUUGACAGUCUCGUCCCGGAGCGGCGACGACGUGCUCUUCGCCAUGCCUCUCUCCGGACGAUCGGCUCCAGUGCGAGGUGUGGCCGACAUGAUCGCGCCGACUAUUGCCACUGUUCCUGUUCGAAUCCGCAUAGACCGCACCCAGCCAGUUUAUGAUUACCUGGUCGCCGUUCACCAACAGGCAGUCGACAUGCUGCCAUUCGAACAUACGGGCUUGCAGCAUAUCCGCCGUCUCGUGGGGGCCGGCUUUGACAUGCGACACAUCUUUGCUGUCCAGCCCAUCGGGAAGAGCCAUGAGCUCAUAUACCGCGACAUACUGGGGCUCGAGAUGGUCAGAUUCCCAAUUAAUGAGUUCUACGACUACGCUCUUACCGUCGAGUGCGAGAUAGGACAGGACCUAACCGCUGUGCAGGUGGUCUGCCAGUUCGACGAGAACGUCGUUUCCGGUCGGCAGAUGCGGCGCCUCCUCGGUGUAUUUCAGAACGUCAUCACCCAACUCGCCUUGUUCAGCAGCGGCACCGGGAACGAGUCUGUGAAAGUUGUGGGCGACGUCGAGAUGGUCAGUCCCCAGGAAGUGACGCAAAUGGCCCAGUGGGAUCGAGAGAUGCCCGAGAAAGAGCCAGCUCUUGUGCACGAGCUCGUGCGACGACACGCGCUCUCCAAACACGACGCGCCUGCUGUAAGCGCAUGGGAUGGCAGCCUCUCUCACGGGGAGCUGGACCGGCAUUCGGAGCGGCUGGCCAACCGCCUCGUCGCCCUCGGCAUCGGCCCCGAGGCCAUGGUUCCCCUUUGCCUCGACAAGUCCAAGUGGGUUGUAGUCUGCAUCUUCGCCAUCCUCAAGGCCGGCGGUGCGGUAGUGCCGGUCAGGGCCGAUCCAAUCUCACGCCUCCGGGCCAUUCUCAGCAACACUGGCGCCCAGGUGGUGCUGGCGAGCCCGUGCUAUGCCGCACAGUUGAAAGACUUGGCACACCACGUUCUGCCAGUCGACGAUGACUUCUUCUCGGAUCUUCCUAGUGGUCUGAAACGGCCGCAGCAGAAUGUCAGGCCGGACAAUGUGGCGUUUGUCAUGCACACGUCGGGUUCAACAGGGACACCCAAGGGGGUUGUUCUCGAGCACGGCGCCAUUGCGACGAGCGUUCAGGUCCAAGGCGAGAAACUGGGAAUCAACAGAGAUACCCGCUCGCUUCAGUUUGCCAACCUGACUUUCGACAUGGCCCUUCACGACAUUCUUGUGCCGCUCCAGUUUGGCGGAUGCGUGUGUCUGCCGUCGGAGGAGGACAAGAUGAACGACUUGGCCGGUGCCAUUCGAAGACUGGGCGCCAACUACCUCCUCGUGACCCCGACCGUCCUGGGCACGCUGAAACCCUCCGACUGCCCCGGGCUGCGCACCAUUGUCGCCGGCGGCGAAGCCGUCCACGCUGAGCACGUGAAGCCCUGGCUGGCGCAAGCCCGCGUCUUCAGUGCCUAUGGCUUGACAGAGUGCUCCAUCAUCUCGACAGUCGCCGAGUACAGCGGCGGCCCGACACUCAAUCUUGGCCACGCAAUCGCCGGCGGUGCAUGGGUCGUGAAUCGGGCGGAUCACAACAAGCUGGUUGGGGUGGGCGCCGUAGGCGAGCUGCUCGUCGAGGGACCUCAGCUCGCCCGGGGCUACCUCCACGACCCGGACAAGACGGCGGCUUCCUUUUUAUAUAAUCCAUCUUGGUUGGAUCGGUAUCGUCUGCUCAAAUCGAGAAGCGAAGUACGGCGUAUGUAUCGCACCGGAGACCUGGUCACUCAGAACGACGACGGCUCCUUCAACUACAUCGGCCGAGGAGACAGCCAAGUCAAAAUACGGGGCCAACGGAUCGAGAUUGGUGAAGUUGAGCACCAUGUUUUGCGGCAUGCAACAGUUGCCGAUGCCAUUGUCCUCUAUCCCCGUCGCGGCCCCUGUCAGGGGCGUCUCCUCGGGCUGCUGACCCUGCGCGGCCUCAUGACGAGCAGGGGGGAGCGUGACGCAGAGGUGCAGCCGACUACGCCAGCGCAAGUUUCCAGCGCCCUCAAAAAGGCCUCCUUGGUUCGCGAGCAGCUUCUGACGAGGGUGCCCGAGUACAUGGUGCCGACUGUCUGGAUCUCGCUCGCGUCCAUGCCGCUGACGGCCUCGCACAAGGUCGAUCGCAAGAAGCUGGUGCAGUGGAUCGAGGACAUGGACGCAGAGCGCUUCGACGGCUUGACGGGGCUUGACAGAGAAGGUGACGAAGGCCCCAGGGCGCCGGCAAACGAGGUGCAGCGACAGCUUCAGGCGGUGGUGGCCGAGAUACUUCAUCUCUCUCUCGAUCAGGUCUCGCUGGGCCGCUCCUUUCUCAGCAUGGGCGGCGACUCCAUCACGGGAAUGCAACUUGUCUCGCGAUGCCGCACACGUCAUGACAUGUCACUUCUUCUCCGGGACGUUUUGCAGAGCGCAUCCAUCGCUCAGCUUGCGCUCAGAGCCACUGCCAGUGGCGAGGCCACGCCGUUCACGGACACGGCCAGCGCUCCCUUUGACCUCUCGCCGAUCCAGCAGCUGUACAUGCAGUCCAUGGCGGCGGCUCAGGGGUCGCAUGACGACGGCCAGGAAAGGUUCAACCAGAGCGUGUGCCUCGAGGCCGGGCGCCCCAUCGGCUCGCAGGAACUCAGACGCGCGGCCGAGGCUCUCGUUUCGAGGCACCCAAUGCUUCGUGCGCGCUUCUCCCAGACCGAGCACGGCUGGAAGCAGCACAUUGAGUCCCAGGUGGACGGAUCUUUCCGGCUCGGGUUCCAUGGCGUGGAAAGGUCGAAGGACGCCGAAAGGGUGAUUUGGUCGGCACAGCGCCGGUUGGACCUCGACAAGGGGCCCGUAUUCUCGCUCGACUCGAUCCGGGUAGCGGAAGACGGCAAGCAGCUCCUCUUCAUCGUGGCUCACCACUUGGUCGUCGACAUUGUCUCCUGGCAGAUCAUGAUGCGCGAACUCGCCGACGCCGUCCUGCACCCAUCUGUCGCCGUUCUCAAGGAACCCGUCUCGUUUCAACGUUGGACCCGGAUGCUGGCCGGCCACACGCUCGAGGUUGGAUCGCCGGCACAAGCCCUGCCUAUCGAGACGCCGGUCACGGACGGGAGCAGCUACUGGGGAGUGGCACCCGAGAGCAACGUCUACGGCAGGCGCGUAAACGAGGGGCUUGUCGUCGAGGACGUGGCCUCGUUGCUUCUUGGCCAAAGCCCCCUGCGCACCGAGCCCGUCGAGGUUCUGCUUGCCGCCUUGUUCCACUCCUUCCACCGAGUCUUCCCCGACAGGCCGGUUCCAACCAUCUUCAACGAGGGCCACGGCCGCGAGCCCUGGGGGAACUCGAUGGACCUGUCCGACACUGUGGGAUGGUUCACGACCAUGACACCCAUUCACGUGUCCGUCGACGACGACUCCAACGAUAUCGUAGACAUACUGCGGAGAGUCAAGGACACGCGUCGAAGCAUCCCCGAGCGUGGCAUGGCGUACUUUGCAGCGCGCUUCCUCACCCUCGACGGGCGAGAGGCCUUUUCGUCACACGAGCGCAUCGAGGUCAUGUUCAACUUUAGCGGCCGCCAUCAGCAGGCGCAGGAUGCCGAGGGUCUGUUGCAGGUCGUGCCUUGUCCCACCGAGGCGUCCUUGUCCAACGUUGGAAGCAGCGUGCGGCGUCUCGCCCUGCUUGAGAUUGACGCGGGCACCUGGGGAAACCAGCUGUCGGUCAUCUUCGGCUUCCACCAGCAUAUGCAACGCCAGCCCGAGGUGCGGCGCUGGGUUCAGGCUUACCGCUGCUCGCUCGAGGAGCUGGCCGCGAGACUCGAGGCUCUGCCCCUGACGUUUACCCUCGCCGACUUCCCCUUACUGACGCUGACGUAUAGCGAGCUCGCCCGCCUGCAGCACGAGCUUUUGCCCCAGAACGGCAUUGCGAACGCGUCUGAUGUCGAAGACAUUUAUCCCUGCUCCCCCAUCCAGCAAGGUAUCAUCAUGGGCCAGUGGAAGGACCAGUCCCGAUAUCAAGUCCAGUCGAUAUGCGAGUUCCGAGCUGCCGGGGCUCGCGCUGUCGAUCCCGUCAAGUUCUCGCGCGCGUGGCAGACGGCCGUUCGCCGGCACUCGAUCCUGCGCACCGUCCUCAUCGAGUCGGUCUCCGAGGGGCACCUGUUCUACCAAGUCGUCCUGAAGAGCUGGGAGCCCCGCGUUGUGUGCAUUCACUGCGAAUCGUCCGACGAUGUGGCCUCUGCCUUUGCCCGCGAGGGGCGGCCCGAGUAUGCCCCAGGCGAGCCAUGGCACCAGCUGAUGCUAUGCACGACCGCGGCCGGGCAGCUCUUUGCCCGCGUCUCAUGCCACCACGCACUCAUGGACGCCUCGUCCCUGCAUCUCAUCUUCCGCGAGCUUGCCCAGGCAUAUGAGGGCGUCCUGGUCGACUCGCCGGCCCCCUCGUACGGGACCUACGUCGCACUAUUGCAAAAGUCUUCGGCUGCCGAAUCGUUGGAGUACUGGACAUCCAGGCUGGCCGAUGCACGACCCUGCUUUCUGACCCCCCUUGUCACUGAAUCGACGGGUCACGCGUCCCUGCGGACGUUGAAGACGGUUGUCGACGACAUGCGGCCUCUUCACAGGUUCCGGGGCGAACACGGCGUGACGGUGGCCAACAUGGUCCAGCUGGCCUGGGCUCUCGUAGUAUCGCGAUACACCGCAUCAGACGAUGUGGCAUUUGGCUACGUGGCGAGCGGGAGAGAUGUCCCCAUCGCAGGUGUCAACGAGAUGGCCGGCCCCCUGAUCAACAUGACCGUCUCGCGGAUCCGCUUCUCCGUCGGGCGCUCGACGGUUGUCCAAGCCGCGCAACAGGUUCAGGAAGACUUUCUGGAUGCCUACCACAACCAACGAGUUUCUCUCGGAGAGAUCCUUCAUGCUCUCCGUCUGUCUAGACAGGGCCUGUUCAACACCGUCGUUUCCUACACUCGACGGCCCUUCGAGGAUCCCCCAACCCCCGACGGCAUCAUGGCGCACCCCCUUUCGGCCGAAGACCCGACCGAAUUUGAGGCCAAUCUUCAUGUCGUGUGCGGCGAGUCCACCAUGACGCUGUCGCUUCAAUACUCAACCUCGUUGCUCGACGACGAGUCGGCCGGACGCCUCCAGGAUAGCUUCCGACACGCACUCUUUUCCAUCGCCACAAACAGCAACGUCCGCAUAAACCAACUCAACAUCAUGGGCCCUUGCGACACGGCCCAGCUGAGCCUAUCGGCAACAAAUGUCACGUCUGCGCCGCAGGAUACAGUUCAGCUCCACGGGAGUGCGGACGAAGAGGCGUCCAGCUCGGCGCCCCUGACGCACGCGGAGAGGCUGCUGCAGGAGCUCUGGGCCCAAGUCCUGAACUCCUCUCGAAUGUUCAGGCCCAGAGAUGACUUUUUCAAAUCCGGAGGCGACUCCAUCGCAGCAAUGCGGCUUGUUUCCAAGGCACACGAAAGCAACAGCCUGUGGCUGACCGUGGCCGACAUCUUUCGUCAUCCCGUGCUGGGCGACCUUGCCGCUGCCGCCGACUGCAAUCGCAGAAAAGACUGCUAG